ACAUUUCGUAGCCAGUCACGGGGCACAAACAGCCUCGAUCAAGCUCUGGCACUCGCUAGUUCAAGCAGGAGCUGAAGCAUGCGAGAUGGCAGGGCUGCUCACUGCUCACUUCUCAGGCAGGGUGGAUGGCCGUUGUCUGAUCUCUGUAUCCGUAGUCGCGUACGUACAGAUAGUAUAUCCAUCCCACUUACUGCUAUCCGUGUAGGUAUUGGUGCACAGAAGGUCACUCACACUAGGAAUCUGCAGAGUUCCGCGAAAAAAAAAAAAGCAUGCGAAAAAUAGCACAAACCCCCUCUCUUCCCGCUCCGAGUCCCCCAAAAUCCUCCCGAGAAGAUCUCCCAUGCAUAUCACAACUCUCCGAUGCAUACAAAGUUCAGACCGAACUUCUGAAGCAUCAAGACGUGAAAAGAGGGGAAGCAGCUUGGCUUUCACCAAAAUCGUUGGCAGAGCAUCUUCGCCUCUGCUCAAACCUCAUCUUCCCAUCUCAUGCCAAGAACAGCACAAACCACCAACUGCCCACUCUCAUUUCACAAGACAAAGCUCUGGACCCUGUCAAGCCCAGGUCAUUAAUUUCAGCCUUUUCAGGUGCCGUCGCUGACUCCGAACCCGUCACGGCAUUGGGAGCAAAGUCUCCCUCCCGGGCUUUAGAAAAGCUUCAGAAGGAAUCAAAUAACUACGCACCGGCGCCGGCACCAAGAAGGAAGACCUUCAAGACCUCUCAUCACCAAGGUUACGGAACGGACACGUACACGGCACCGCGCUGCAAAGUCACCAGCGCCGCCAUAUCGCUACUUUUGGUCACAUCGCAGCGCAGCACAGCACAGCCACAUCCAGCUUACGACUCGUUUUUGCCAUUGGAUAAGUCUCAGCCCGCCAAGUGUCGACAGAGAGAGAGAGAGAGAGAGAGAGAGACAAACAUCAAGCAGAAGCUCGCUUCCACGCUUCUUACCAAGGGACCGUCGGUCUCCGCAGAUGAAAGCGAUCCAAACAGUGCCGACACAUCCCAGCAACUUUUGUGCGUUUGUCUUGCCAACUUGGAAGAAGAGAAAAGACGACAGGCCCUUUCUUGCGGCUCGCCAGGCACCACCAUAUUCCCGUACAUCCCUUCCGCGCCGCUACUGCAGAUCCGGGGACUUGCUUCCCUUGUCCUGCCCGUCGUUUCUAUUUUUCUCGUUUCUUCUUUGAGGGUCGACUCGCCUCACAGUACUUACAAUAGAAGUACGAAGUAAGGUACGCCUCAUCGCCAGCACAACGAGCCAACCACUUCUCACUCCCUCGCUUUACUCCCACUCUUUACGAAUACACGCGAGCAAACAUCUGGAGCAACGAGCAGCAAAGAUACCCGUAUACGCUGCGUACUCACCAGGCAACACGCGCGAUAUUAGUAUCUCUUAUUCGCCCCCUCUUUCCUGUUCUUGCUCAUCUUUCUGCGAGACUGCGUCCACGUCCAGCCCUCGCGGACUUUAAUUCAAACACCCCCAACCACUUUUCCUGCAGCUGCAGGUCGAUCACAUCUCGCUCAGAUUUCAUCCACCACCACCAACCACGCGAUACUCUUUAUAGCGCUCUGCAUUCAAUAUUCACAUUCUCAUCGCCAAAUUCAUCGCACUCACCAAUCUCGCUCGCAUUGGCAAACAAAGAUUCACCACCACCAGUCACCUACGAACCGAACAAAAGAGAGACCGAGCCAAG